AUGGCAAAAAGGUACACUCAGCAGGAAGGUUUAGAUUAUCAUGAGACUUUCUCACCAAUUGCUAAAAUGGUGACCAUCAGAACAUUGAUCAGUAUUGCAGCCUCAAAGAAUUGGCCUCUAUAUCAGAUGGAUAGAAAAUACACUCUAGAGUUGAUCUCUGAUGUUGGCUUGAGUGGAGUUAAGCCUGUGAAUACACCUUUGGAAGUAAAUGCUAAGUUCACUACUAUGGAUUAUGAUGAACAUGUAGGGGGUAUUACAGAUCAUAUACUUCCAGAUGCUACUCCUUAUCAGAAGCUCAUUGGGAAAUUACUCUACUUAACCAUCACUAGACCUGAUAUUAGCUUUGUUGUACAGGUCCUAAGCCAAUUCAUGCAACAACCUAAAACUUCACAUUGGGAAGCAGCAUUUAGGCUGGUUAGGUAUUUGAAAGGGUCACCAGGUCAAGGGAUUUUGCUGAAGAACAGUCCUUGCACAGAACUGACUGCAUUUUGUGACAGUGAUUGGGCAGCCUGCCCAAACACUAGAAGAUCUGUGACUGGCUACAUAAUAAAACUAGGGGAUUCUAUCAUAUCGUGGAAAUCAAAGAAGCAGCACACUGUGAGUCGAAGCUCAACAGAGGCAGAGUAUAGGAGCAUGGCAGUUGCAGUCUCAGAGGUGAUAUGGAUAACAGGGCUGCUGAGAGAACUAAAUGUACCUGUCACCACACCUGUGAAGUUGUUUUGUGAUAGUAAAGCAGCUAUAUAG